GUUAACAGACACCCAUGUAAAGCAUUGUUUGCAAUAGAUGUCCUUGAUGAAUAGAUAAUGUCUUGAGAAUGAUUCGUCUAAACCCUGUGAAAAAGCGAAAAGGGGAACGAGGCAGAUUAGGCGGCGAGAAAGUUGCGAAGAGGAUACGCCGCCGAACGGGAAGGCCAGAAUCUCGCCCUGGAUUGAGUGUGCAUCAACCAAUGCAGCGCAUGCACCUCUGUACCGCGGUGUGCACUUGCCCCCCCUCGUUCCCUUGCGGUCGUCUUUCAUUCGAGCUUUAACAAACUCCCAUGUACUUUGAACAUUCCGCUGUUACCUCGCAAUCCGAGGAUGUUCCCCAGCCUAUGACUGAGGACGGGGAGGUGACACUUCCGCGUUCCAUAAUGGAUCUCGACCCUCCACUGCUGCAGAUCAUCGACGAAGACUCGCUGGACGUUGUCUUGAACCCGUUGAGCAAUGAAGCGACCAUGAGUGGGAUAUCUAGACGAGCUGCGCACAAGAGGUUUCAGGUGCUGGGGCAGGAUCUGAUCAAGUUUGCUGCGCUCAGGUUCUUGUGGGACAAGUAUCCGAUGGAUACAGCAAUUGCUGUGCAGAAAAAGCGCGACAUGUUCUGCACCAAUCAUCAGCUUGCUAUCUUUGCGAAGCUCUACCGACUCACCACAUCCCUCCAGAGUACUGGCGCCAACAUAACCGAUGUCGAGAAGACAUACGCGGGCAUAUUCGAAGCCUAUGUUGGUGCUGCAAUAGUGGAGAUGUCGAUUGAUCGCGUAUAUGAUUGGGUGCAUCGUAUCUGCAAGUCAUACGGGCAAGAGACCGAGCCGUCAGAGCAGCUUCGCGACAAUCAACCAGUCAUGUCUCCGCCACCUCUCCCAGUCCCACCCAGUGGCCAUCUGCCGAACAUCAGCCCGCGCUACCCUCCAGGGGCGAUGGGAACGACUGGGUUCAACUACAACUAUCCCCCUCCGAACGCCUACGGAUCUCCCCAACCUUCACGAGACCCUCGCAUCAAGCAGGACCCAGACGAGUAUCACCCUUCCAUGCCUCUUAUCUCUUCUCGCCCGGCAUACCCCAGUCAGCCACAACCAGCGCCUUAUUUCCAACAGCCCGCCUACAGGCAAACACCAGUUUUCCCAGCAACUGCGUCGAAGGUCUCCGGGUCGCUGGCUGCUCUGAGGCAGAAGGCGACGCAGCUGAAGAGGGAAGUGUCAUUUACUGACGCCUCUACGGGACCGGAUCAUCAGAAGACUUGGACAUGCUCACUGCUUGUGGAUCAUAUUGAAGUUGGUGUUGGCACUGCAAGCUCGAAGCAAGUUGCCAAAGAUAUUGCAGCUCAGCAGGGACUGAUAUAUCUCGGUUGGAUUUAAUUAUACAACAUGGCACUUGGGGUCAUGGAGUGCAUUGUGCAUUGGUGGAAAUGGAAGACAUUAUUGGAUGGCAUGCCCAACAUGUCUUGCCUAUCCAAUUGAUGCACAAUGCAACCCAUGGAAUUAACAGUAAGUGCAUCAGAGUGUUUACGUGUUGUGUGAAGUCAUGUCCCAAAGAUCAAAGCAUGCAUUAAGAUUACUGCUAUCCGUGUCAACUUGAUCUCUUAGUUGCUCAUAAACGGAGCAAACGUUGCAUCAAU